CACUCCUUGCUCGGCAGUCUGCGAGUGAAGUUCGAUAUUCUCAAUUUUUCUGCUUUUCACGGUGAAGAUUCUACCGUUUCAGGUAAGAAAAACAGACAUGUGUUUAUGCAAUUAUAUUAUACGACAAUGUAUAGUAUGUAUAGGCGAGUUGCAUGUGUGCUUGAUUUACACAGUUAACAACUCAAGUUGUAUAUAUAAGCAGGUUGCAUGCCACAGUUUUAGGAUUUAUAAUCUAACUAAUUCGGCCUUUCUUGCCAUCACCAGACAUACAUGCAGUAUUGAUUUUGCUGGACCUAAAUCAAUCUAUGAGAUUUGAAAACUGUAUAGCAAGUGUAUAGAUUAUUGCCAUGAAUCCUUUAGAGUUCUUUCAAAAAUAUUCCAGAGAUUGUUUUAGAUUUUCGGCAAAUUUUGAAAGACUUUUCGGAAAAAUUUUAUAAUUUUGAAGAGCUUGUGGAUUCGGAAAGGAUUUUUGUAGAUUUUCCAAACGAUUUUGAGAUUUUUUAACUGUCAUUUUGUGGGAUUUUUAAUACGGAACUCUAAAUUGGGAAUUCUCUAUAUAUUAUACAAUAAAUUGAUAUUGUCAAAAAUAACUAAUCUACAAUUUUACGAUUUGUUUUGUAGUAAACGACAAUGACGGCAGUCACUGCUUUGGCAAGCUUGAUCCUUCUUGCUCAAAUAAUGAGCAUUAAUGCAGCUUACACCAGACCUGAUGCGACAUUUACAAGACAAUGUCCAGCUGGUAUGUUAAUAAACAUUUUAACUGUUUAUGUUUCUGGCCCGGCCUGCCCACUUAGGGACCGGUCAUAAAGUAACUGCUAGGGUGGGCUGGAGUGAUUUGGAAUGGGCCAUGAAAAAUCUUUGGGCAGUUUCGAUGGGCCGCCAAUUUUUUUGUACGUCCACGGUUGGGCCACCAAACAAAAACCCAUGCAUGUCUACUUCAAAAAAUAAAGAUAUUAAUGAUAAAAGUAAACAAAACUAUCCAAAUUAUCAAAUGCAAAUGAUGCUAUUGAAGCCAGUACUUGUUUAUACAACAACAAGAAGUGGUCGAAUCACAGCAAAUACAACCAUGCAUGCAACUGGAGAGCAGUUCAGUAUCAAUGUGUUUGUCAAGCUUGGUGGAAUUAUGUAUAUCAAACAGUGCUGUGUAUACUUACAAUGUUCAUACCUGCAAGUUUUUUUAUUAUAAAAGUGUAUUUUCUCAAUUUAGCCUGGGUGGGUCAUGAAAAAUGUUUUGUAAGAUUAGAUGGGCUUUGAAAUUUUUAUCUACAUCCUAAGAUGGGUCACCGAACUUAUUGGCAAAAUUUGUGAUUUACCUCCAACCAACCCUAGCAGUUAUACUUUAUGACCAGUCCCUUACUCUGCAUGUAUAUAUAAAGAAAACACCAGGGACAAAACUUGAGGGGGGUAUGGGUAAAAUACGAAUCAUCUGCAUGGAUCGGCAGGCGUGGCAAUCAAAGGUUUUGAAUGAUAGAAUGUAGAGUUAUUAAGUAACUGACAGGGCUUUCAGAGGGAAGUGAGUAGAAUUUAUAGACUUAAAUUUUACAGAGAUUGGCCCAAAAAUAAGGGUUUUACCCAUGUAUUAAGAGGAAUUUGUAGAAAAACUUUUUUUCACUCUUAAUUUAACUGGUUUAUGUCCGGAAAACUUUUUUUUGACCCAUUUUAAUGUCCGGAAAAUUUUUUUUAACCCCCACCCCACCCACCCUCCUUCCCCCGCUCGCCAACAUUUUUGGGGAAAAUAGUGGCCAGAAAUAAAAAUUUGCUGCUGGGCAUCAUCGGUUUUGGCAGAGCAAUUCUGGCAGACACCCCCCCCCGAAUUAAAAGGGGGAGUUUCGCCCCUGGAAAACACUUUUCUAAAGGUUUAAUUGAUAAUUAGUAGCAUUCAGUAUCCGUGGAACUUUUGGAGUACAAAUCUGAUACAUCUGAAUUGUCAAUGACAAUGCUAGCAAGCUCACACCAUUAGAACCUGUUAAUGAUUGAAAGAGGGGGGGUAUGAAAAUUUUCACUUACAUUGAAGGGGGUUACGAAAAUUUUUCCAUAGGUUUUUGGAGGGUAUGGAAAUAUGUACUUGAAAUUUCAUUUAUCCUCCACCCCCCUCUAGUAAUUACUUUAUGACCGGUCCCUUAAUACAAGCUAUCCUAAAAAUAUGCUUAAUAUUUUUUCUGUCGUAAACACCUAAUCGCAAAUAUAUCUGGCGGUUGAGAAACGCAAAAAUAUUUAAACAUUGUCAAUUUAAAUACAAUUAUCAUUAAUGCUGUAAAAUUAACGCCAUAUUUAUAAAGCAAUAUAUAAGCAAAACUUACUGAACUUUAAACAUCGUUUUCUCUUUGGCGUACCAUCUAAAGCUCUUCCUAUUACAAAUAAAUCACUAAACACACUUUUCAAGUUUGUUUGCCGGUUGAGAAAAGCAAAAGUUUGUCUUUCUUUGCCCGGCAGAGUGAACUGAAAUUAAAUGAUUAGUCCAUUAUGUCAUUUAUACAUCAUAUUAUAGACCCUUUUCAUAAAUGGCUGCCGAUCGGAUUGAAAAUUCUUUUAUGUGCAUAUAAAUUGGCCCAACUAGCCUCGUACUCAUGUUAAGAUUUCAAAGGAAUUUCUACCCAGAAACGAGACUAGUUGGGCAAUUUAUAUGCACGUAAAAGAAUUUUUAAUCGGCAGCCAUUUAUGAAAAGGGUCUAUACAUAAUUUGAUUCGCUUGCCGAGGUAUGCAGUUUCCCAGUGUUGAAACAACUUUAAACAUACAUUGAAAUACUAUGUGAUUUUACAACAUAUGUUUUCCCCUCACUUCAAAUAAAUUAUUCUGUAGGUUAUGGUAUGUCUCGUAUGAUAAGCUAUUUCAGCAAUCACCACAAAGACCGUUCAUGGCUUUUCUACUGCAGACGCGAUUAUAAAAUUACAAGCAUCUGUUAUUGGUCAGGUUGGUUAAAUUGGUACAACCGCGAAUUGCUAUACCAAUGCCCAACUGGAGUUCUCGCAGGUAAAGUAUAAUACAGUAGUUGUGACUUGUCCAUAACAAAGUUUUACAGCUUUUUUAUCCAUACUGUUUCAUUAAUUAAAUUAAUCAGGGUCAAUACCGGUAUUUCUGAAUAAAUGAAAGCGGUUUAUUAGCACCCAUUUCCAGUCAAUAAAUCUAAUCAACAUGAACUUCACCUUUGAAUUUACUUUGUGACUUUCAAAAAAAAUUUGGAUUAGUUUUAAAUAAAGAUUAGAUUUGUGUUAGACGAAGAUAUUAAGGUUAGGAGUUAGAGGUUAUAGAGCUCAUGCUGCUCUAAUACAAAGCACUUCAAAUAAAAAUGUUUAAUGCACUCUAAGAGUAUGUUUUGUCUCACUAAAGUUUAUACGUUUUCUCAAUUUUCAUUUCUUGCGAAGUAUAUUGCUUGCACAACAAAAUUCAGUACAAGUCAUAUCAUAUUAUAAAGAUCAAAGUAACAUUAUAGCUGUGAACAGAAACAUAGUAACAGUAAAACACUGCUACCCCUCACAUAUACAAUAACAACAACAGCAACAAUAACAACAGCAAGAACAACAACAACAACAACAACAACAGCAACAUCGACAGUAACAAUAAAAUUAUUAUUAUUAUGUCACACACACGAAAGCGAGGUUCCAUAGCCACAAUGAUGUACUAUCCGGAAGUAUAAAUAUUUUCCAGUGUUCAUUGAUAACAUUUUAUGAUUUUCAAUUCAUAAGGUAUACACUCGGCCCAUAACAAUAUUUACCAAGACAGAAGAUUUAGAUUCAGAUGCUGUCGCACCAGAAGAGUGUGUCAAUAUAGUUGUUAUUGGACUGGUUACGUCAAUACCUUUAAAGGCAGUAAGAACUACGGGGUACCACAAGGCUAUUUUAUCACUGGGGCAAAAAGUCAUCACGUCAACAGCUACCAGUAAGUUCAACAUUCAUAAUUCUUCAGGAGGUUUUGCUUUCACCUUGGGUGCAUUUUUUUUUAAAUUUUAUUUGUUUAUCUAUUUUUUAUUUUAUUAUUAUGCGCUGCUGCAUUAUUAUGAAUAAGUGUGACGUUUAUUCGAGGGCGGUGGGUUUUUUUGGCAUACGUAAUUUUGCUCUCAUAUACGGCGACUAAUCCAGGGUUCGUAGUCUCCAAAACCAAAAAUAUUCAAAGACUUUCAAAGUUUUCUGUCUAUUUUCAAAGAUUUUUCAAACACCUUUGAGAGCAGUCAGUGUCGAAAAAUUGGGAGUGUGAAGCACCAGUUUCACCCGGUAAUUAGUCCCUUCACAUCCUAAUUAGUCCCUUCACAUCCUAAUUAGUGAAAUCACAUCCUAAAAUGUACCUAUUUGUCGAUAUUUGCGAAAAUCCUGCUUCAAUCAAUCUAUUUUAUUAGCUAGGAAAUCGUAUAAUCAAACACUCACUAAAGAAUUUAAAGACUUUUAAAGAUUUUCUUCGCUUUUUCACACAAUUCAAAGGCUUUUCAAAGACCUCAAAGACCUGAAUCCAAAUUUAAAGACUUUCAAGGAUUACAAAGACCGCUACGAACCCUGUAAUCGUAAAUUACGUACUGUUUGGAACUGGGUGGUGGGCAUUACUCAGUGGCGAAGCCAGCCAGACAAUUUGAUCAUGCUAUGCAAAUAUUUCCGUAUUCAAUAGAUCUUGAAAACAAUUAAUUUCUAAAGAAAUGAAUAAUGAUGAUUUAAAAUUUACACAGCAUAACAUGGGCACUCGUUAAUCAUGUAUAUGAUAAUAUAUAAUAUGACAUUAUAUCUCUUUCGUGUUUUUUUAGGGACAGAGUAUGGCGAUUCUUGAUCUGUCGUUUUCAUUGAGGAGUUCUUAAAGUCCUGAAGGCUCACAUGCAAUUAUUGAUGUUUUUCUAUUUUUCACUUACUUUUCUAUCGUUCAUUUAAUUAAGGCUAUACUGAACAUUUUUAGUUUUGCUGCAUAUUCAUUUUUUUCUUAUUAAUAUUAACUGUAAUUUUAAUGAAUGUUUAUGUAUUUGUAAUAAUGAUUAAUGGUCUCCCAUGUUUAAGAGUAAUAAAAUAAAACGCAAUAAAUUCCAUUCUAUCGUGUACUGUUC